AUGAAGUCUGAUGCACCUCAACAAACGUCUAUUAAAGCGGCGACCAAAGCCGCUGUCGCUGAACCGACGCGCAGGCGCUCCGCGCGCCUCAGCGACGCUCCCGCCAGUAUCGCGGAACAGACAACACCGACCACCACGGCCCCGACCACGGAGCACCGUCCCGAGCUGACCAUGGAGCAUCCCCCCGAGCCGACCACGGCGCCGCCGCCUCUACCCGCCCCGAGGGCUCAGGCGGCCCAGCCGGCUCACCCCACAGUCUCGCCCGAGUCCUCUGGAGCGGUGUCGACCGCCAAUGUCCACGAAGGCUCCCCCCCACCAAUGACCACCAAUGCUCGCAACAGCUCCCACCCGCCGGCCCAUAGCCAAACGUAUGCGCAGGCUGCGACCAGAAACCGGGCGCCCGAUACCAUUGCGCCGGCCCAGAGGGAGCCAGCGGGACAGCUGUUCACGCCGGCCAGCGGUCAAGAGCUGGUGGCACUGUCCAACCCUAUGCCCCACACGAUGGAUGUGGAUGCCAGCGGAGGAACCACCACACCCGCGACACACACCGCGACGCCGCAGCCGGCGACGGGUGUUAGGAAGCGAUGUCCUAACUAG